AUGUCGUUCGUUAGUGGCACAACGGAUACCGAGGCGGCACAAAAGUUUCUCGAAGUGCUGCAGAAUGAUUUUCGCAAUCUGUCGUUGGAAACGAAGAAAAAAUAUCCACAAAUAAAAGAGUCGUGUGAGGAAGCGAUACUGAAGCUGAAGGCGGCCGGUGCUAAUCCGCAAACACCCGUCUACUACGUGGUCAACCAGAUCCUCUACCCGCUGGUGCAGGGCUGCGAGUCGAAGGAUGUGAAAAUUAUCAAAUUCUGUCUCGGCAUGAUGCAGCGCCUGAUCACGCAGCAGGUGGUGGACCAGAAGGGCGCCCGCUACAUCACCGACACGCUCUGGAUGCUGAUGGAGCACGGUACCGAGGAGGUGAAGGUGCUGCAGAGCGUGACGCUGCUGCUGACGACGAACGCGGUCGUGCACGGAGAAACGCUCGCCAAAACGUUGGUCCUCUGCUUUCGGCUUCACUUCACGAAGGACUCGACGACGAUUAAUACGGCCGGGGCCACCGUUCGGCAGCUGGUUUCGCUCGUGUUCGAGCGGGUCGUAGCGGAGGAAGCGGAAGCGGACGCCAAUCAGGACGAGCGGCGUGAGGUGAACCUGGAGGAGCUGAAGCUGGCCACGGGUGUUCCACCGAAGGGGCUGCUACCGUGCGCGGCCGAUGCGUUUCUACUCUUUCAGGACCUCGUCCAGCUAGUGAACGCUGACCAACCGUACUGGCUGCUGGGCAUGACGGAGAUGACCCGGACGUUCGGGCUGGAGCUGCUCGAGUCCGUGCUGACGCAGUACACGUCGGUGUUUUACCGCAAUCCGGAGUUUAGCUUUCUGUUGAAGGAGCGCGUCUGUGCGCUGGUCAUUAAGCUGUUCUCGCCCAACAUCAAGUACCGGACCGUGGUGCCACAGGCGGGAGGUGUCGGCGCGGGCGGUGGUGGUGCGGCCAGCGGGCAAGCCGGGACACUGCACGAUAAACCCUACUUCCCGAUUAGCAUGCGGCUGCUUCGCGUGGUGUCGAUACUGAUCCAGAAGUACCACGCGCUGCUGGUGACGGAAUGUGAAAUUUUCCUCUCGCUCAUCGUGAAGUUCCUCGAUCCGGAUAAGCCCGCCUGGCAGCGGUCACUGGCGCUCGAGGUGCUCCACAAAAUGACCAUCCAGCCGGAGCUGCUGAUAUCGUUCUGCCGGUGCUACGAUCUGAAGGAUCACGCCACCAACAUCUUCCAGGACAUCAUCAACUCGCUCGGGACGUACGUGCAAAGUCUGUUCAUCAACCCGCAGCUGCUGAGCGCCACGAUGGGCGGCGGCGGGGCAGUUGGGGCAGUUGUCGGUGGAAGCACCGUCGCUGGCGUUGGCGUGGGAAUUGGCGGUAGCGGUGGCCAGCAGUCGCAGCUACUGGGCGGUGGUCUUCCGGUCGGUCCCGGAAUCUCGCCCCAGCCUGGGUUCAUAUUUCGUGGUGUGUUUCUCCCGCUGGUCGUCACCUUUCCCAGCGGCCAAUCGAAGGCCACCUUCCUGGAGAUGCUGGACAAAAUGGAGCCACCGCCGAUUCCGGACGGUUACGGGAUCUCCGUUGCCUACGCCUGUCUGCUCGAUAUCGUGCGCUCGAUUUCACUCUCGAUCCAGGGGCCAUCGCAGCUCGGUGACGAACAUCCCGCACCGUACCGGCAGCGGGUGAGCGAGGCGGACAAAGCGCUGCACAUUCAGCUGAUUCACUCCAGCUGGAUGGGCCUGUUGACGGCACUGGCACCCCUGAUCGACGCGGCCACCGAUGAAUCGUCCACCGAGAGUGUCCUCAAGUCGAUCCAGAGUUAUGCGGCGUUGUGUGGCCUGCUGGAACUGCACACCCCUCGGGACGCCUUCAUAACGGCCCUCUGUCGUGCCUCGCUGCCACCGCACUAUGCCCUGUCGGUGCUAAACGUUAACUAUCAGGGCGUGAGUCAUCCGAUGAAGCCACAUCUCCGUGGACUGGGCAACAACGAACUGACCGCAGGAGCGAUGUAUCACGGUGGCAUGUACACCGACAUCGAUCAGCAGCAACAGCAGCAGCAGCAGCUACAGCAACAGCAACAACAGAGACACCCGGUGGUGGCCGUGGGUACGCCUCUCCCGACGUCCUCGCUUCCGAUCGGUGCCCAUCAGGGACCGGUACUGCUGACGGCCAAAAAUCUCCAGUGCAUGCGCUCGGUGCUGCACUUGGCGCACUGUCACGGUAGCAUCCUGGGCAGCUCGUGGCACAUCGUGCUCACGACGCUACAGCAUCUGGCCUGGAUACUGGGACUGAAGCCUUCGACCGGCGGUAGUCUGCAGGCGGUACAGAAACCUCCGACGGAUGCAAAUUCCAUCACACAGGUCAUGACCGAUCUGCCCGUUCUGUCGACGAUGUUGAGUCAGCUGUUCGAAGCGAGUCAGUAUCUGGACGACGUUGCACUGCACCACUUGAUCGAUGCGCUCUGUAAACUGUCCCACGAAGCGAUGGAGUUGGCGUACAACAACCGGGAACCGUCACUGUUUGCCGUGGCGAAGCUGCUCGAAACGGGGCUCGUGAAUUUGUCACGCAUCGAAGUGCUGUGGCGGCCGCUAACGAACCAUCUGCUCGAGAUUUGUCAACAUCCGCACAUCCGUAUGCGUGAGUGGGGAGUCGAAGCGAUCACGUACCUGGUGAAGGCAUCGCUCCAGUACAAGUACGAGCGUCCGCUGAAGGAAAAUCUCAAACUGCAAACCCUGCUGCUCGGCCCACUGGCCGAGCUGUCCUCUGUGCCGCACGGGGACGUACGCCAGCGACAGCUGGACUGCGUACUGCUUGUCCUCAAUGGGGCAGGCGAAACACUGUCGCACGGGUGGCCGCUUGUGCUCGGUAUCAUCGGUGCCGUGAACGACCAUCACGGUGAGGCCCUGAUACGUAUCGCGUUCCAGUGCUUGCAGCUCGUUGUGACCGACUUCCUGCCGGUGAUGCCCUGGCGCUGCCUUCCACUGUGCGUCAAUACGGCGGCCAAGUUUGGUUCGCAAACGCAGGAACUCAACAUUUCGCUGACGGCCGUGGGUCUGAUGUGGAACAUUUCGGAUUAUUUCAAUCAAAACCAAGAGAAACUGUCCCAAACGGUGUGCGACGAUAUGUCCGUGUUGCCCGAUUUUCCCGGCACACUCAACAUGCCGCACUUCGACCGCCUCUGGAUGUGUCUGUACGCGCGGCUUGGUGAUCUGUGUGUUGAUCCGCGACCCGCCGUAAGAAAGUCCGCCGGCCAAACACUGUUUUCUACCAUUUCGGCCCACGGAGCGCUGCUGAAUCCACCCACCUGGCAAGCGGUACUGUGGCAGGUGCUGUUUCCACUGUUGGACAAGGUUCGGGCGCUGUCGAGCUGUGCCAGCAGCGAGAAAGUGGAUACGAGCGGCAAUAUUCUGAUUCAUCAUUCGCGCAACACGGCCCAGAAGCAGUGGGCCGAAACGCAAGUGCUGACGUUGUCCGGCGUUUCACGGGUGUUCAACACGAAACGUGCGCUGCUGCAAAUGUUGGGCGAUUUUCCUCGGGCCUGGGCACUUCUGUUGGAGUUUAUUGAAAAUUCGGCACUCAGCAAGAGCAACGAAGUGUCGCUGGCGGCACUGAAAUCGUUCCAGGAGAUCCUUUACAACCGACCGGCAGCAGCUCAGGCUCAGGCCGGCGAUGACGUCGCUAGUGCACGGGGAGCCAAAAGUUCCGACGCGCAGUCCACCGAUGCCGACAUCUGGAACGUGGCGUGGCGUGUUUGGUUAAACAUUGGCGCGGAAAGCACCAAACCACCGUCGAUCGGGACGGAACAACACCACCCGGAGAAGGGCGGCUGUGGAGUAGCAGCAAGCGGAUCCGGCGGUGCAGAGGAACUGUACAUUCCAAGCCAAGCGUUCCUGACCGCGCUGGUGCACAUUUUCCCCGCCCUGUUUCAGCACAUUCGGUCCCGGUUCGCUAACAAAGAUCUGACGCAGCUUUGCGCCGUGCUAAUGAAUGCGGUCGCUGUGCCGGUCCACAGCGACUCAACGCCUUACAUCAUGUCCACGAUCUCCGACUCGCUACUGACGCCACUCCACGACGGUGUGCUGGAUUGUAUGGAGCUGUUGCAGAAGGAAGCCAUCGGUAGUGGGGCGAAGGAAUCAUCCGUCGCCGCUGCCGGGCUCAAGAGUAUGAUAUCGGCCAUCUUCAAGCAGUUGUUAAGUUUCAGCAAAUUCGCCUGUGUUCCACCGAGCUUCGAUCGCGUCGAAACACGCCCAUUAAAAUCGAACCGCAGUGGCAGCGGAGCAGGCAACACAAUGGCGGCCGGUACCGGUGGACUGAUACAUCCGGUCGUCGCCGCUUCCAACGCGAACGGUGUCGAAUGGGUCAGCAUGAACUACAUUCCGUUCGGUGAGAAAGCGUUGACCGUGGCGGUCAAGCUUUACCAACAGACGGCCCACGAACCGACCGUGAUCGAGGGUCAGAUACUGCACGAGAUCAUCAAAGCGCUACAUUUGCCACUGUCGCUGAAGUACAAGUGCAUGUCGUCGAGCACCUGGAAGUUGGCGAUAUCGAGCUUAAUCAGUGUGCUGCACACGGGGCUACCGGUGGCCCGGCAGCAUCCGAAGCACUUCGCCUCGAUGUGGAAAGAUUUAGCCGAUACGUUGGAUCAAUUUUUGUUCACCAAGAGUGUCUGCAUUGUGGAAGAUCGCGGGUUGGACGAGCUUAUCUUGGACGAGACGAUCGACUGUCAGGUGAUCGAGCUGAUACGCGACGAAAUCCUUCCGCACAGCCAGGAAAUUCCACAGCAAUUCAUCUUGGACGCGGUGGUGAUCCUGAACAAGGGUUCGAUCCAUUCGGCCACGACCGGCAGUACCCCGUUUGCGGGGUGCGAAACGGAGCUUAAGCUACGGGAGGAAUUUGCUAAAACGUGUUUCGAAACGUUGCUGCAGUUUUCGCUGCUAGACGACCGUGUGUCGGGUGCCGGUCGGGCCGUAUCGGCUGGCGAUGGAGCAGGGAUCGACAGGGACACAAAUGCGGCGAACAAUAACAGUGCCAGUGUGUGUGGCAAUGGAACAACGAUCGAAGGUGGUAUUGCUGGACAGCUGGCAAUCACCGCCCUGUUGCAUCGUUUCGAGGAGGUACUAAGAAAGUUCAACGAAGACGAACGGUUGAGCGGAAAAUUCCCACUACCAAGGUAUCGUUUGUCGGAGAUUUCGUUCGUAUUGAAAGCUGUGGCCACACUUGUGAUAUCGAUGAAAAAGGCCCCAGCCGCCAAAGUUGGCACCACCGCCUGGGAGCAGCUGAUUAGCCUCUAUCCGUACUUGGUGGACUGCACGACCACUAGUUCGGCGGAAGUUUCCCGGUCCCUUCGCGAAGCGCUCCUUCAGUACUGUGAUCUGCUCCGACCGCCCUGCCCGGCGACCGAUGCGGCGGGUAGCCAGUCGCGGUCCUCAACCGUCGCGGAAUCCCCCAACAGUGGUGCUCUGGCCAACAACAACGCAAUCGUGAAUACGAACGGAAUCAGCCACUGUUAGCUGCUAUCUUGCGCCUCGGCCAGUUUCUUUUUCCUCAUGUGGUCCGAUUCCGGGCUGCUAAUGAAGCUGCUGGUCUAGGUUUUACGGGAUUUUACAGCAUAGCAUAAUAUACAUUAACAUUUGCGGUCGGUGGUCGAGCAUAUAUUUUAUGUUUUAGAAAAUUAAGCCAAGCGAUACGAAAAGUAUUCCUCGGACUAGGGAAGACUAGCGUCGUUUUUGUUGGUGUUCCUACCAUCUAGUUGAGCAAGGUGUUGGCGCGACCAUUGGAACCAUCGAUCACACAUUUUACACCCGUAAAAACCCGUUGCAUCAUUCACCAUCGAUAAUAUUUUAUCUAUUCCGCCGUUUGGUGCGGUCAUACUUUUAAAUGCAUCCAUCAUUAACCAACAUUGUGCCCUUUCGACUCUUUCACUCAGCAGCAGCAGCAGCAGCAGCAGCAGCAGCAGCAGCAUAAAAGCAACUUUAGUAGCGUAGCAAAACUUAAAGUUUAUCUCGUAGCAUUGUUCCCGUUUCGUCAUCCGUUGCAUACUCUCCUCUCGGCCGAGACUGAAUCGAUCGUCGUUUUAAAACAUUUUCAACCUACGACGAGUAACCGUCUUUAGCGAACAGUUCCUUCUGCAUUGCGCAACGUUUCGAAAAGUUUCAAUAUUCAACCACUAGCCCCCUCUACAGUAGCGAAGGUUGUAGUAGAAGUAUUAGUAGUAGCAGUAGCGGUUAGAAAUGAAGGCAUAGCACUACUGAAAAGGCCACAAAUAGGUGCCAAGGGAAAACUGACCGACAGAGGUUUUAAAAGAAACGAAUGAUGCCCAUUUUUCUUCCCCAUACCCCCUAUCGACUAUUGGGGCUUUCAUUCAUCCCAUUUUUAUUGCUGGCCGGCUUCGCUUUUUACGCAUUUUUCGUUCAACAUCAAGCGUGGAUAGAGCAGAAGAGCGACGGUAGUUAAAUGAAACAAAAGAGGUACGAAAGGCAGAACAGAGAAAAAGAUUCCCAGCACCCUUUAAGUAGUUGCUAGGAGAAACUGAAGCAAACAUUCAUCUUACAUGGUUGUGUUAAUAAGAAAAGAUAACAAAAACAAUAUUGAAAUAAAUAAAAUAUUA